AUGGGAAAGUUGAAUCUCCAAAAGGACACCUAUAAUGUGAAGAUAGCAAAGGAUCCUUAUCCUGAUGCAGACACCAUGCGGUGUUCCCCCAGGCGCUGCUUCAUAACCUCAGUGGGCAUUGCAUUCCUGUGGCUCUUCAUCACUUUGAAAGUCCCCAGGGAUAUGGAAGAUGACCAAAAUGUUAUGGCUAUCAAAGUCCAAGUGGCCAGUUUUAGCAGCAGUAGAGACAAGAGAGCACCAGAAGACUGGCAGAACCUCACCCUCAAGUAUAUUAGAAAAGUCCAGCAGAGAAGAAAGACAUGGCUGACAGUGGGGAUCUCCUCAGUGUCACGACCAGAGGGAAGCAACCUCUUGUACACACUGGACUCCCUAUUCCGUGCUUCCUCUAAGGCUGAGCAGAAACACCUCACAGUGCUGAUCCACUUGGCAGAUUCUGACCUCAACUGGCUCAGAGAAACUGUUGCCCGUAUUUCAAGCCUCUUCAGCCCACAGAUCUUGGCAGGACAGUUGCUACUGAUCCAUGCUCCAUCUGAUGCCUACCCCCUUGCAGAUGGCAUCAGGGACAAUGCCUAUCCUGGGGAAUUCUACGCCAAACAGAAUGUGGAUCAUGCUUUCCUCAUAAGCUAUGCCACAAACCUCUCUGAUUACUUCCUCUUAAUAGAUGACAAUGUCUUUUGUGGCCCCAACUUUGUCAGUCACAUUCAGUCGAAGGUGACCAACAUGAACUCCAACUCAUGGGUACUACUGGAAUUCUCUAACAUGGGCUUCCUUGGAAAACUCUUUCACAGCAGGGACCUCACACUCCUUGCCCAUUUCCUCCUCCUCUUCUACAAGGAGAAGCCCCUUGACAGGCUGAUCCCUCAUUUCCGUACCAUCCUGGUUCAGGAAAACCCAAUCCUCUGCAGGCCUUUCCUCUUCUACCACAGGGUCUCCUACCCCACCUUUGAUGGCAGCCAGAAGAACUCAGCAGUUAAGAAAACAGACUCUUACAGUCCUGACAACCCACCUGGAACUGUUUUCACUGAUAUGAAGGUUUUUGAUGUUCAUUUCCCCUGGGAGGCUUACACUCUGGAUGAAUCAUUCUUUUGGACAUACAAUGUUAGUGUGGGGAGUCACCUGACAGUGAUUUUGAGCCAUCCAGUGAACUUGAGAAGAGUGCAAGUGAUGACAGGUUCCAUGGUGGAGGGAGAGUAUGCUCUAGCAAAGGGGCAAGUGGAGCUGGGCUACAACCCUGAGGGGAUGCCCCAGUACUGUACCACAUUCACCUUGCUGGGCCGUCUCUUGGAAGGGCAGCUGGAUCAGGAUGUAUUUCCGAGAAGUAUGGGGCAUGAUGUGAGCUGCGUGAGGCUGGUGGUGAAAGCUAAUCAGGUUGGUGGUCUCAUGAUCAGGCAUAUCUCCCUCUGGGAGGAAAAAGCCAAAGAAAAAGAAGCAGCCUUUGAAGAUGAAUCAGCACAGGUGUGA